GACCUCGCAUCUCGUAACACUCCCUCUACAACGAAGAGUCUUUAGAUUUUCUCAACAUAAUUUCAUCGUUUGCAACAAGUUGACUGUGGAAAAAAUAAUCCAUCUUUAUUUUUGAACUCAACUCUCUCUCUAUCCAUUGACACUAUCCACUCACAACUCUCUGACUCCAUCCACUCACUUAUUCAUUGAUUUUAUCACCCUGUUGAACUUACCUCCUCGGCCCCGCUCCCUCCUUCAUGUGUGCAUCUGGUUCCAAUGAAUCUCGUAGUCAUUUACUAAAGUUUCUUAUUUCAAGUUCUCGUGACUUGGUAAUUAAUCAAAGUAAGACUAAAAGCAACAACUGCGUAAGACUAAAAACAACAACAGCAGCAACCGACGUUAGAUUACGAACACAACAAUAGCAACAACAUACGUAAUGCGACACACAACAUCGUAAGGCCAUACAACUAAGAGUAGAACGUAGUUGAGACGAAAGACGACAUUUACCGUAAUUCCUGAGACGAAAGAUUACAACAAGAACUCCAAGGUCGAUAUCUCUCGGAACGAAGCAUCAACAUAAUUUCCAAAGAAAUGUAGCACUGCGCAAAGAAAUCAAACGCAAUUCUUAAGGAAGUACUGCACUGCGCGACAUCAUAAUAUUAAGAAGUUAUUAUUCCCUCGUCCUCACACUCACAGACAAGUAAUCAAAUAUAUUACAGUUUUCCACUGGUGUAAAAGUAAAGAACCAAAAAAUAGAGAUACGCACAAUCUCGAUUCCUUUCUAUCCUACAACGAAAUAACGACCUCCGCCUCGUUUCCUAUCCUAUCUUAAGUAGAAGGAAGAAGAUUUAUCCUAAGCUAAGUAGAAGGAAGUGAAUCUUCGGGAGAGGAUCAAGAUCAAACAAAAUGGCGGUAAAACUUUCCAUUCCGGGAGGACAGCACCUGCUGUUCCUCUAUUUGGUCGUGGGCUUCUUCUUCGGCGGGACGCUCUUGUGCUAUGUUAUGGCUGGAGUCAUUUGCAUUUGUUGAAUAAAAAAGAGGUGGAGUCGGUAAGUUUGACUCAUGUAGCUCUUUUUACUUCUUGGAUGGCUCUUCGGACGAUGAGAUUUGACCAUAGAUUAUCACAAAGAAGAAGAGUGCCCAUCUCUUUGGUCAUCCAAAAUGUUGGGCUGUUUUUCCGUAGAAAAAUUCUCACCCUGCUACUGCUUCUACCAGAACAGAUCACUUUAACAACAUUCUAGUAGCCAUCUUGUUAUCUCCUACUUUCCCGGUAUUAGCAAGUAGUAUGUAGGUUAGUUACUUCACCCUCCGACAGUAGAUCCUUUUAUUUUUAAGGAUCUUCUCUCCUGGUAUUAGCUAGUGCAGGGUCACGAAUGAAAUCGUAGUUCACGCCGAAAGCUAGCAGCGUGGGUUGAGUAACUAGCCUAGAAGAAGCUGCAGCUCCAAUAGUAAAUGAAGGUAGUCCGCCUGUUUUUUUUACGUGGAUUUACUCCUCUCGUAUCUUUUCCCAGAUAGUUUACAGUAUUAGCCACCUGAAAAUUAACUUAUUGAAAAUCAAGAUGCAAGGUCAUCUUCUGAGAGAUAUCCAUACCAAGUUUUUGACAAGAGCUAUCACUUCUGAGAGAUUUUGUCCAUCUUCCUUUUCCGUUUUUAGCUGGCUACAAUGCGUCUGGUGUCUUUUUUUAGGCGGACCCACUUCGCCCGGUGUCGUAUUAAGUUGACCUACUCUACCCUGUGUCUCUUUUAGGUGCAUCCACUUCGCGUGUCUUAUUUCGGUAGGCCCACUCUCUCCGCCGUGUGUAUUUUUUAGGCGGAGGGGUUUGGUCGCUUGGUAUCUUUCUUAGAUGCAUAUGCCGCGCCUGGUGUCUUACGAUAAUUCCCCACAGUGCCGCGCAAUGAGUGUGCGCGUGGCUGCGGCGGGGAGCCCCUGAACCUGAGUCUUUCUGUUUUAGGUGGAUCCAUUCCCCGCCUGGUGUCUUUUUUAGGUGCUUCCACUCCGCUUUUCUUUUCUAGGCUCAUAUUUCUAGGUGGGUCCACCCCGCUUGGUGUCUUUUUUAGGUGCAUCCACUCACAUUAUUUUUCUUAGGCGGGUGCCCUUUUCGGUGGGUCCUUCGAAUCGGUCCCCCGGGUGUCUUUUUUAGGUACAUCCACUCCGCCUGGCCUUCUUAGGUGGAUAAUUUUAGGCGCAUCCGCUCCGCCUGUCUUUCUUAGGUGGAUAUUUUCUGGCGGAUACUUUUAGGCUGAUGCUCUGUUUUAGAUGGAUAUUUUUAGACGGAUGCUUUAUUUUAGAUGGAUACCUUUGGCGGUACAUACAAGCCACCCUGUGGAUGGCGGGUCAACACCUGACCUAGCCUACCUCUAGCUGGAUACCUUUCGGUGAAUGUUUUAGAUGGAUGGCGUUUUUAGGUGGAUACUUUUCGGCGGAUAUUUCUAGCUGGGCCCACUCCGCUUGCCUUGUUUAGGCGGAUCCCCCACUCCGCUUGUUUUUUUUUGCUGGGUAUCCUGCGUGCCCUUCUGCGUCUUACGUAUGGUUCUUCAUCAGAUCUUGUCUUUCAUGUGUAUCACUGUGCCCUUCGUCGAAAGUCCUCCUUAAAUGGCCCUUCAUGGGCCAUGCAUGACGAGGCUGAACGACCAGGACUCACCUCAAGUGGCCCCACGAGGUCGGGAUAAUAGAUUCUUUUGAUGGUGAGUCCCUUUCGAGUUCCACAACCCUGAGAACAGGCGAACACAUAGCCCACUAAGCCUAGCCAGCUACGAAGCUGGCUAGGUGGGAUGCAUGGUAGGCGCCUCCCUGUUCACUGACAGACUUACCAAGCCCCCCAAGCGUGCACUUCCCGUUCAGGCUGGGCAAGGAGUUUCUAUCUAGCUAGCUAAGUGUAUCGCUGGGAGCCGACUCCACCUUUCCAGAGGACUAAAUCCUUCCAGAGCACUGCGUGCUUUUCUCUAGUUGAAAUAUAUUGAGCGAUAUUGAAUGACUUUUACUUUGCCUAGCCAUCUGGAGGAGCUAACUAUCUACUCUGCGUGUCGUCUAUUAAUAUCUGGAGCUAGCUAACUACGUAGGUAUCCAUGAUUCAAUCUAUAUCUAACUAAUGAUCCAGAACUAUGCGUAAAGUUCAAUCAAGAUAACGGCAAAAAAGCUAUUCGACUAUCUCUAACGAUUGGCGCAUCGGACUGGGUAUCUCUUUAGAGACGCAAAACGAUUUUUUUUAUGGUCGGCUUUUAUUCAUCUCGCCAAGAAAGCAUCUUGACACCCUUUGCGUCCCUGUAUUAUUCCUAUGAUGAAUUAUUACAAGGGCACAACGAACAACAACAACAACAUGCAUCGCCGGCUUCGCGCUGUGUUGUCGUGGUUGUUGUUGGUACUAAAGACAUCAAGAUGGGACCCGGGCGACCGGGAUGAAUUCUAGCACACUCUAAUAUCCAAUGGAUGGCGGGCCGUUGGAGUCUUUCGUGGUCAGUCCUGGUCCUGGAGGUCCCUCUAUCACUCCAUGCGAAGCCGGAUGCACCUUUUUGCAAGACUCCUCUUCGUGUGCAUGUGAUAAGAAAACCGAGGAGAGGUCGACGGCCACGACGACUGCGAAAACGACCGGCGCUGAGGCUGAGGCGAAGCACGGGGCCCGUGGUGGUGGUGCUUCUGGUGCUUCUACUGUUGCCGCUGCUGCUUCUGGUGCUUCUACUGCUGCUUCUGUUGCGGGUUCUGGUGGUGCUAGCGCUGCUGCGGCAGCUAAAUCUGAAGCAAAGCCUGCGCCGUCAUCUGUUGUAAGAAUCUUGUUGUUUGCUACUGCAUACUAGAAAGCCGUCGAUAUUAGACUCAGCAGCAGGGGUGGCUCUUCGCUUUUUUAGCUUCAAUCUAGUCCACCCGCCGACUAUUGUGGCUGAAUAUAUCAGCUGCUGUUACUGUUCAUCAUGCAUUUCUCAUUAAGGGUAGGCCAGGUUAGUGCUUUUGGUGUCGCCGUUUGUUUUGACUCUCCUGAGGGAGAAAAGCACAACAAACGGGAAAGAAACAGAAACACCAAGGCCCAAUGUCUGGCGUCAGGUUGGGCACCGUGCUCACCGUCUUGCUUUUUGUUGUCUUCGGAAAAAGUGGGAGCCCACUCAAGAUCGAUCCAUGCCAGUCGCUCUGCCUUCAUGUGCGACAUUUUUGGGAAAUAUAGGACACCGAGUUUUGUUUUCUUUGGAAAGGCUUCCCACGGGAGGAUAUGGAUUUUCCGUGGCACGCAGAUCCCUUCCCAUGGCACGGGAGUGGGGCCAUCUAGAGGCGUGGCACUCCUUGACAAAUAGAAGGUGGGGCACGUCGUGACAUGACACGGCGCUGGACUCCCCUGCAUGAUCACCAUGCCAUGGCCCUUGUUUUUUUAUUUAGGGUUGUUGCUUCGUUCUCUCUUCCUCUUGCGUUGUGUUUAUUUUUUGUGCCUCUCAAUUCAUUGUAAUAGCCUAGAGUAAUAGUAACCUGUUCAGCGUUCGGCUGUUUGUUUCUAAUUUGAUUGCAUAGGAACAAAUCGCAGUCGUUUUUUGCUGGAAUUUCCGAAGUUUUUCGCUGCCAAUCAUUGCCAAUCAUCUGAGGGUCGUGGGGGGUCUUGGUUGUCGUCGUGCUUCAGGUUUUUCCUUGUAGUUUUCGGGGACCGUGUAUUUUCAGCAUUUGCGUGGCCGUGGGUCUUCGCGUCCAAUAUUAAUGGAUGAAGUUUUCAGCAUCCUUACCCUGAUCUUGGGUCUACUCCCUUUUUUCCUUGGAACGAAGCCAAUACGGUCAAGGGGGGGGGCUUAAAUGGUCUGACAGAUCUUUUUAUCCAUUAUUUUUUGACGGGGCUGCUUUGAUCACUGGGCCGAGCUGGUGUUAGGAUCUUUGUUUUCGAUGCCGUGCCCGUGAGUUUCCGUGACUGACGUAGGCUCUUCUGGCUGCCACCUUGUUUCAAUAUUGCAAGACUUGGCCUACGACUACUACUACGCACUGCCACUACACAUCAGUAAAGCCAUGCGUCUAUCAUCAUCUUGGUCACCAUAGUUAGUUAGUGUAGAUGUCACAUGUUGUGGCCCACUCUGAAUUCGACCCGAUCUUGUUCGAGGGGUUCGAGGCUUAUACUUUCAAAGCAAUUUGACGGCUCUCUUGAGCCUUCCGUGUUUGCACCAUUACCGUUUUGUAGCUCUUUGAAUCCAUCUCCAUGCAAGAAGUGCGGUUCGUUGAAUCCAUCCAAAGAAUACCAUGGAGAAUCCAUUUUAGAGGCUGGGGUAGUGUCGGCAUAACUAACGUCGAUACCUUACUCGAGCGUUUUCGAGGUCGCAACGUGCUGGCUCUGGCUUUUCGCUGCACUUUUUCGAUAGUAACCUCGUCGUGAGCAGUCCACCCUCUCAGCUUGUUCAUUACUGUUUUUUCAGAAUUUUGCGUUGCCUGACCAGUGUGGAGGAUAGUAAAUAGCGGCUCCUUGGUUUUUUUAGUAGAGUGGUCCUAUUCUUUUACUUCCGUUUUGUUGUUCAGAUGAGUGCUUUUCCGUGGGGGGUAUGCUUCUUUCAUUUCCCCGUAAAUGCGCGCUUCGGAUCACGACGACGCCGCUCUCGGAGUGUGGUGUUUUGUUAGGCCUCAAGUCGGUGGGUGUUUGCCAGGGGGGCACAGCUAGGCGUGUAACAUGGAGGCACAUUAAAGAGUGCAGAACCCUGUAGAGGGUGCCCGCCGUGGUGGUCUUGGCGGGUGCCUUAGCACUGGCGCCCACGUGUGCCAGGGCUCCAGCUUGAAUGAUGUCACAGCCCCGUGGCCCAUUUUCAAGCGGAAGCACCCUGGGGGACCGACUGGCGCAUGUGGGCACACCGCACCGAUCCCAUUGCCGUUCUGGGCGGCGUUCCCUUGCGCCGCUAACUAAGGCACUCAGCCAAGCUGCCGCCGAAUAGAGAACUUAUAGGACCAAGCUGCCCCCUUGCUUCCUUACACAAAAACAGGAGGCGGAACCAUUUUUCUCUUCUCGAAAUGGUGUCCCGGGUCUGUCAGCGUGUGCCCUGGGCCCCACACUGACUGCUCGAGAGGCCGUUGGGGUUGGUCGCUUUUUGUUUCGCCGCGACCAAGCGUGCAUCUUUACGGGGCUCGGGGGUUGUUUUCUGGUCAUUCUGCAGGACGGGGAGGGCGCAGGGGCUCGUGGUAUCGGGCAUAUGCUUGCUUCGAAUUCCAGCAAGGUAGAAAAGGGCUGACUGUAUUGCGAGCCAGGGUGGCGUAAGUACUUAAACUUUUUAGACAGCGGGGCAGGACUCGGGACUCCCCGGCGCCUCCUUGGCCAGGCGUGGCUAGCUUGCUGCAAGUGCGUGGGGAGUGUGUUGCGCGUCAUGGUGGGCAGGCCGGGCGCGCAGCUGGUUUUACAACUAAGUGGCGGCGCGCGCUGCUGAGUGGGUGUUCUCUUCUGCGUGUCAUCCGCUAGCGUGUUUGCUUGCUCUUUUUUUAGUCGUUUGCUGGCCUGUGUCAAGGCAGUGCCGUCGAUGGCCCAGCGCGUCCCCCUUCGUUCUUUUGUUUGGAUGGCUACACGCAGGUGGAUUUCUUCUUUAUCGGCUGCCCAGGCCAAGGAGAUAAUAUUUAUAUUACGCAUGACUCUCUUUGAUUUAAUAUUAUGCCUGACCCACUUUCUGUUUCUGCGGACUUUAUCCAAGGAGCCCCCCAUCAUCGGAGUUGAGCUAGGAGGCUGGGGGAGCUCGAUGCGAGGGGCCCCUCAGGUAACCUACCCUAGCUUUUCACCCCCGUCUCUUGUGUGGUUAUAUUAUCUUUCCGAUCAGGAGGCGGUGGCAGUUCGAAAAUUUUCUGACUGCUUUUUCGGAUCAGGUUCAGGCCCAGGCUAACGAGUUACGGAAGAUGAUUUUGGGGGGCAAGGACCCCGCCAAAACGACGAUCGUUUUUCUUUCGGCUGGCAAUGAUCUCGACAAUGAGCGAGAGGACGCGACGAAUAUGAAGACUAAAAUCAUGAACGCGCUGAUUAAGAAGUCAGCAGAAAUGGCGAAGACGGAAAAGUACAGGUUUGUCACUGGAGGCGCCAGUCAUUGGCAGCAUGUCUUUGCUACGGGUAUGAGCGGGAUGGGGCAGACAACGCACAACUUCCCCGACCUUGAUCGCGAUUUUAUUUCUCCCAACGGUGUUCUUGUCCAAAGAAAGGCCAACGACGUGCCACCGCCUGCAGCAUUCCCCCCGCCUCAGGGAGAGAACGAGCUUACCCACAUGAAGGAACUCACACUUCUUAUGGCAAGAAGACUAUCACUCACACACAUACCUCGAGACCUGUGCUAUUGAAGAUGUCACAACUUGGACUGAAGCUGCGAACUUUUUUGCAAGCACAAAGCUGCCCCUCGUUUUCAGUUUUCGGUCUUUACUAGUUAGUUUGUGAACGGCGCCGGCGUGUGACUUCGGGUAUGGCUAUGAGUAAUGAUCUGUCUAUCAUAGGCGAAGUCAAGGAGCAGCCGGACUACUACAAAGAGUUGUUUAUCGAACUGGUCGCGGAUGUAUAUUUGGUCUUCAAAGGUGGUCCGAAAGCUCCUGCCGAAGUCUUUGACGCGUAUCGCCGUGGAGACUUGGUCGUACCGGUGCUUUUUUCUGGAGGUAUGAGCAGCCCAAAGUCUACGUCACAGAUUUCCGAGGGCGCCGGCCUGCUCCCUGAGCCUAUAUUCAACAGAGCAAAAGAGUGGCAGAAAUACGACCUGUGCGCCCCUGACAAAGCGGAGCCGGAGGCGAUUGCCGAUGCCGUUUGGGGUCAAAUUGAAGAGAGAAGGGUAAAGAUUCUUUCCACUGAUAGUUUUGCCGAGCCUUUUUGUCGGGGCGGGCUGCUGUGUUCCUUUAUAGUUUAGCGGCUUUGCUUGUCUCAGGCCGUUUGCACAAAGAAAACAGGCAAAGGGGAAGAAAAGGCAAAGGGGAAGACAAGGCAAAGGGAAAGAAAAGGCAAAGGGAAAGAAAAGGCAAAGGGAAGGAAAAGGCAAAGGGAGAGAAAAGGCAAAGGGAAAGAAAAGGCAAAGGGGAAGAAAAGGCAAAGGGGAAGAGACGGCAAAGGGAAAGGAAAGGCAGAGGCAAAGAAAAGGCAAAGGGAAAGGGAGCACAGGGGGACAGGGACAGGCAAAGGGAGAGGAAAAGGCAAGAGGAAAGGAAAAGAGGAGGCAGGGGGGAAGGAAGAGGCAGAGAGUGAGGCAAAGGGAAAGGCAAAGGGAAGGGGAAGAGGCACAGGGGGAGGAAAAGGCAAAGGGAAAAGCAGAGGAGAAGGCAAGGGGGAAGGCAGGGGAGAAGGCGGAGGAAAGGGCAAAGGAAAAGGCAACGGAAGAGGCAGCGGGAAAGGCAGAGGAAAAGGCAAAGGGAAAGGGAAAGGCAGGGGAAAAGGCAGGAGAAGACGAGGCAAAGGGGAAGGGAAAGGCAGAGGAAAAGGCAAAGGGAAGGGCGAAGGAAGAGGCAGAGGAAAAGGCAAAGGGAAGGGCCACGGAAAAGGCCAGGGAAAAGGCAAAGGGAAAGGGGAGAGCGCAAUAGGCUCCAGGUGGCUGGGACUGGCGUGCGUCGGGUUUCUAUCUUGUAGCCCUCUGAGACGGUGUAGCACUUAUCAGAAUGUGCGCGCGCUGUGCAUCUUCGCGCCUAGUAUUGAAGUAAAUGGAUGAAGUUUCUUGCAUCCUCACCCCGGUCGCCUUGGCUCGCCCUUCUUUCUUUGGAGGCCAAUGCGGUGAAGGUGGAGAGGGGGGCCUAAAUGGUCUGCCCGAUCUUUUUACGCAAAGCAACUCUGAGGGGAUUGCUUUGGCCACGGUGCUGAACUGGUUUCGGGAUCUUUUUUCCAUUUCGUGCGCGUAGGAGCUUUCUGUGCUGACGUAAGUUCGAUCAUUCCAACUGCCUCCCUGCUUCCGUAAUUCAUGACCGGGGCUUCGGCUAUUGCCCCUUCUACUGCGCAUCAGAAAAAGCAUUCAUCUUGAAGCGUCUUCGUUACCGCGUCCCUGGCUAGACGCGACACGCCGUGAUGGACUGGCCUUGGUCUUGUUGGGGUGUGCUGCUCACGCUUCUGGCGCAUUUCUAAUGGCUUGGGCCUUCGGCUUUUCUAUGAUUCCAGCCGUUUCAGAAUUAACAGGUAAAGACGAUAGCUCGCCGAAUCCGUGCAGCGGGUGGGGCACUCUGAAUCCAUUCAAACAGUGCCGCAGAGAGUCUGUUCUUCGACGGCUUCUACUGCAAGGGAGUCGCUGAGUUUGUACUUUUUGGCGCGCGCAGCUACUAGUACUAAGAGUCGGCUUGCCUUCGAUUGAUCCUCUAAAAGGCUGGGGCCGUGGAGGUAUAAGAAACGCUGGCACAGCCUCGCUUCCUCGAGCGGUGUUCGGUAGUGUUUUCGAGGUCGCGGCCUCAGCAUUCUGCGGUGUGCUGGUUGUGGCUCCCCACUGGGCCUUGUAGAUAGUGUUCUCGCCGCGAUCCAUCCACAGUUUCAGCGUGUUCUCGCUCGUCUUUUCAGAAUUUUUGGCUACCUUCCCGGUGUGGGGGGUCGUACGACGUGCAUGGCGGCCGGCUGGUUUUAGUAGGCGGCCUUUUUCCUUUUUUCGUUUUGGUGUCCAGGUGCUUUUUCGUCGAGGAGGGUCCGUCGGUUUCUAUCGUUUUCUGAGCAGCAAGUUAGUGCGCGCUUCGGAUCACGGCGGCGCCGCUCUCGGGCCUCAAGUCGAUGGACGUUUGUUAGGGGGAGGGGCAACUAGGCGUGUGACAUGAAGGCACAUUAAAGAGUGCGGAAUCGUUGCAGAGGGUGUCCGCCGCGGUGGUCUUGGCGGGUGCCUUAGGUCUGGCGCUAACCGGUGCCGGGGCUCCCGCUCUAAUGAUAUCACGGCCCCGCGGGGCCUCAAGUGCAAGCACCCUGGGCCCCAGGGUGCUUGCACUUGAACCUGGGAGGGAUCGGCGGGCACAUUUGGCCACACUGCGGCGACCCCUUUCCAGGCGGCGCUCUGUUAAGGAACAUAGUCAAUUUGCCGCCCAAAAGGGUACCCAAAUCAAGGAGGUUGCCCCCUCGCUCCCUUACACGACAAAUGCAGGGGGCGGGGCCCUCUUUUCCCUCCUCGAAAGGGUGCUCCGCGCUGACUGCUCGAGAGACCAUUGGGGAGCCUGUGCUCGUGGUCGCUUCUUGUCGAGCCGUGGCCCAGCGUACAUCUUGGCGGGCUCAGGGGGUGUUUUCUGGUGUGCAUAGGGGUUCGCAGUAUCGGGCUGAGGGCCUCCCUACUUCGAAUUCCAUCGAGGUAGAAAAGGGCUUGUGCAAUUGCGAGCCAGGGUGGCGCAGGUAGUUCGUUGAACCUUUUAGACAGCAGGGCAGGGCCUGGGACUCUCCGGCGCCUCCUCGGCCAGGUGUGGAUAGCUUGCUUGAAGUGUGUGGGGAGUGUGUUCGGCUCGCUGCGCGUCAUCGUCGGCAGGGUGGGUGCGCAGCUCGUAAGUGAGGCGGCGAAGUGGCGGCGCGUGUUGCUCAGUGGGUGCUUCCGCGUGUCAUCUGUUGGCGCGUGUGCUUGCUCUUUAGUCGUUUGCCUGCGAGCGUCCUGCAAGGCAGUGCCAUCGAGACAGCAGCGCGUCCCCCUGUUCUCGUGUGUGCUUUUGCUUGACGGAUUUCUUUUCUACUGGCUGCCCAGGUGAGGGAGAUACUGUCAUGCGUGACCUGCUUUCUGCCGACUUUAUUCAGGGUGCUCACCAUCCUCGGAGCUGAGUUAGGAGGCCGGGAGAGCUAGGUGCGAAGGAUCCCAAACCGCGCCUGGCUUCUCCUUUCUGUCUCCCGUGUCGUGAGGUGAUUAUAUUAUCUUCGUUCCCGACGGGGAGGCGGUGGCAGUUGAGUUAGAAGGCUAUUACGUAUGGCCCCGGUAGUCUGCGGCCUUUGUUUUUCAGCUGAAAUUCUGUUGUCGGUCGGCGCGAGCUACUAGAAGAGUAGUGAGAGGUAGCCGCGCAGGGGGUGCUUUUUUUAUUUAUUAGCCCUCCUUGGCCCCUUCGUGCCUCUGUGUUUGUUCUUGUUUCUUCUUGACUCCGAGCGCGCCUUUUCCUCCUUGUCUUUCGGAUAGUAGAUUGAUAGGGUGUGAUACGGUACACGUUUCUUGCCUCUUGGCGUAGCCUUUCUCAAUUCAAGCACUGGCUUCUCCGCUUCAAAGCUUAUUGGACUGCCCUUCCGGAUCAGGUUGAGGCGAAAGAGGUGCGGAAGAUCAUUUUGGGCGACAAGCGUCCCGCCGAAGCAGCGAUCGUUUUUCUUGUGGCAGGCAAUAAUCGCAACAAUGAGGGAAAGGACGCGACGAACAUUAAGACUAAAAUGAUGAAUGCGUUGAUUGAGAAGUCAGCAGAAAUGGCGGGGACGGGAAAGUACAUUUUUGUCACUGGAGGCGCCAGCCAUUGGCAGCAUGUUUUUGCUACGGGUAUGAGCGGGAAGGGGCAGACAACGCACAACUUCGCCGACCACAACGGAGAUUUUAUUUCUUCGAAAGAUGUCCUCGACGCUGACGGCGUGAAGAAAUCGGAUGCCGCAUUUCCGCCUGCUAGGGCCGGGGCUGAGGGUACCCAUAUGCUGCCACUUAAAGUGAUUAUGGCAACGGGCUCCUCAUUCAUACCACAACGGAAAACUUUUGCGCCAUUAAAAGCACUACUUUCGUUUAGAUUGAAUAUUGAAAGUUGCAAGCCCACUUGACUAAGGACAAAGCCGUUCCUUGUUUGUGGUUUUCGGUCUUCGUUUCUGAGUGGCGCAAGCUUGUGACCUCGGGUAUGAGUAAUGACCCCUCUUUCAUAGGGGAAGCUACGGGGACUGACAAGAACUUGCUUACCGGGCUGGUUGCGGAUGUAUAUGUGGUCUUCCAAGGCGGCCAAGCAGCUCCAGCAGAAGUCGCUCCCGCGCAUGAAAAAGGGGCAUUGGUCGUGCCGGUGCUUUGCUCUGGGGGGACCAGUGCACCAGGAGGGGAAAAUGGAGCGGCCCUUCCUGAGGAUAUAUACAACAACGCAAAAACUUGGCAGCUGGAACAGGAUGGCGAUUUGUGCGCCCCUGGCGAAGAGGAUCCGAAGGCGAUUGCCGAUGCUGUUUGGGGUCAAGUUGCAGGGAACAUGGUAUAGAAUUCUCCCAUCGAUAGUUUUGCUGAGUUUUUUUGUUCGUGUUGUGUCCCUUUACAACUUACCGGCCCUUCGCCAGUCUUAGGCCAUUCGCCGAAAGUGCUAGUUGAGCCCAGGCAGGUUGGUGCCCUCAGUUGUUCGCCCUGCUUUGCCUGUAAGGUGCUUGUUUGUAAGCGCCUAUGUAGCUUUGCUGCAGUAGGAUUCCCGUAGGUGGAUGUAAAUUUUCUCUGGGAUUAUCAUACAGAUCCGACGCCAUUGGGCUUUGGCCAUCUAGCCCGCGCCAUUGGAAUGGGGCCAUCUAAGAGUGCUGCAGCCUUCGACAAAUAGGGGGUGGAAUGCGUGGCAUCGCAGUGCGCUGGACUUCCCUGUAUCAGCGUGCCGCGGUCCUGGUUGUUUUCUGGGUUGUUGUUUCGUUCCUUCGUUCUCUCUCCCCUUCUGCGUUGACCAAAAGAGUAGCCGAACAGGCUGCCCCCCUUUCUUUUCGAAAGGGCGCCCAGAGUCAGCGUGUGCCCAAACUGACUGCUCGAGGGACCAGUGGGGGGCCCUUGUUCGUGGUCGCUUCUUGUGUAACCCCGUCCCGGGUGGUUUCUCUUUCCUUACGGUGCUCGGCGGCUCGCCCUCGGACGGCAGCCCGCCCGGGCCACCCGGGGUGAAUGGUGGACGGCGGACCAGGUCACCGGCCGUUUUUCGGGAAGUACGUACGUAAAGGGCGGGGGUUCGUGGGGCAUAUCGUUUGCCACGAAUUCAAUCAAGGUAGAAAGGAGCUGGCCCAUUUGCAGAAAACCAGGGUGGGGCAAGUAGUUGGUAGCGUGGUCCGGGGUGGGUGCACGGGUUGUACCGUGUGGCGCCCUCUGCCUUGGGCGCUAGUGUUUGCCCUUUCGCUCGGCGGAUGAGUUAGUAUUAGCAUGUUUGCCGCAUGUAGUAUGUGCGGCAGUUCCACAAGUCCACAGCUAGCCGGCGGACCGCCUGGGAGCCCGAGUCGGUUGACCUCUGCGUAUUGUAGGUCAUUGCAAAUGCCACUUUCAUUUGCGACUCCAAUUUUCAUUGGUUUAAAACAACGUAUUUUUCAGGAUCCUCUGUUGGUUUUUAGGUUGUUCGCAUGCACCACUACUUCCUUGCAGAACCCACGUUUUUUUAUGGAGUUGUAUGUGCUAAGUGAAAGAAAGACAGAGGAGCCUGGUGUUGAAUUAUCCACCGGGGAUUUGGCGAACCUUGACGAUGCCUACUUUGUUGUAUUGGUAAGUAAAUGAUUCUGGAAUUUGGUGACCUGAUUUUGGUCACAAGGGAAAGCAAGAAGAGAACCCUUGAGAGCAAAAUCCUGCUACCGAAUAGAUACCAGAGCAGUACAGUUGGAUGGGCAGCAAAUCCCAAAGGAUUAGCUUUGACGAAAGAGGCGGGUCCAUGCUGCUGCGUCGUGUGGUGGUCGUCGUGUCUGCAAAGCUUGCUUUGCCUCGUCGUCCUCUAAUGUGAGGCAGCGGGUGCGCUGUGGGGGCCCGCCUUUGCACUAAGUUUUUUUGUCCCUAGGCAUACAGUGGCAUUCUGCACUUCCAAGCACCGGCUUCGGGCCAUUCGAUAGUUUUAUUUCUACUUUUUGCGGAUUUUUGUUUGGCUCGUCUGUUGUAUCCUUAAUCUUGUUAGGCCCCUCCUCUGCCCGGCAAUUUCUCCAAAUAUUUGUGUCGACUGUGUGAGAAUAUGUAUGUCUAUUCAUGUAUUGUAGCACGAUCUAUGUAGAGUGGGCAAUAGCAACCUAUCCUAUCUUAUCCUAUCCUAUUGUAGGAGGAGAAGGAGCUAGCAUCGAAAUUCAUGAAGAAGCACAAUACGGAGCGCCGCGUCGUUAUCGCUGUUUUGGGAGGCGAUUUCCCUGCAGCUGCUCACGACACAGAGGGUAAGGAAAGGAAUUUUCUGGAGACAGUGGUUCCUGCUGUGGCAGAGAAGGUGGUCGGUCUAGUGGGAGACAAAGUUCUCUUCGUGACAGGUGGUGUAUCCGACACGCAAAGGCUUUUCGGCCAGGGCGUCGCGAAGGCAAAAUCAGAAGUGAGCCUCUACAAUCUCAAAGGCGAACCUGUCACAUGCCAAGCUGCUCCCUUGGAGGGAGACUGGAAAGGGAAUGCAUGGGGCGUUCCCUAUCCUCACAAUGACCCGAAAGAUAGUCGGAAGGCCAAGCUCACGGGCCUGCUUGGUGACGUUGUUAUUACCAUUGGAGGCGGCGACGUGGUGAUAGAGGAGGCGAAACUCGCCGUCAAUGAAGCCAAGCAGGUCGUCCCAUUGAUAGCUACCGGUGUACCAUUUCCAGAAGAGGCGCUGGAGAGGCCGGAAUUCGUGGCCGAGGAUCUCUGGAACGGUUUAGCCACGAAAAUCGACGGUGCUGAGCAGAAGUAUGCGGAAAACGCAGCAGAGGUCAUCCGCGCUGCUGUAGAUGAAGCCCGCGUCUAA